AUGGGGAACGCGGCGACCGCCAAGAAAGGCAGCGAGGUGGAAAGCGUGAAGGAAUUUCUAGCCAAAGCCAAAGAAGACUUUCUGAAAAAAUGGGAGAAUCCACCCCCGAAUAAUGCUGGACUCGAGGAUUUUGAAAGGAAAAAAACCCUUGGAACAGGUUCAUUUGGAAGAGUCAUGCUGGUGAAACAUAAAGCCACUGAACAGUAUUAUGCCAUGAAGAUCUUAGAUAAGCAGAAGGUUGUUAAACUGAAGCAAAUCGAGCAUACUUUGAAUGAGAAAAGAAUAUUACAGGCAGUGAAUUUUCCUUUUCUUGUUCGACUGGAGUAUUCUUUCAAGGAUAAUUCUAAUUUAUACAUGGUUAUGGAAUAUGUCCCUGGGGGUGAAAUGUUUUCACAUCUAAGAAGAAUUGGAAGGUUCAGUGAGCCCCAUGCGCGGUUCUGUGCAGCUCAGAUAGUGCUAACAUUUGAGUACCUCCAUUCAUUAGACCUCAUCUACAGAGAUCUAAAACCUGAAAAUCUCUUAAUUGACCAUCAAGGUUAUAUCCAGGUCACAGACUUUGGGUUUGCCAAAAGAGUUAAAGGCAGAACUUGGACAUUAUGUGGUACUCCAGAGUAUUUGUCUCCAGAAAUAAUCCUCAGCAAGGGAUACAAUAAGGCAGUGGAUUGGUGGGCAUUGGGAGUGCUAAUCUAUGAAAUGGCUGCUGGCUAUCCACCAUUCUUCGAAGAUCAACCAAUUCAGAUUUAUGAAAAGAUUGUUUCUGGGAAAGUUCGAUUCCCAUCCCACUUCAGUUCUGAUCUCAAGGACCUUCUAAGGAACCUGCUCCAGGUGGAUCUGACAAAGCGAUUUGGAAAUUUAAAAAACGGUGUGAGUGAUAUAAAAACUCACAAGUGGUUUGCCACAACAGAUUGGAUUGCUAUUUACCAGAGGAAGGUUGAAGCUCCAUUCAUACCAAAGUUUAGAGGCUCUGGAGAUACCAGCAACUUUGACGACUAUGAAGAAGAAGAUAUCCGUGUCUCUAUAACAGAAAAAUGUGCAAAGGAAUUUAGUGAAUUUUAGAGAGGAACAAGAAACCGCCAGAGCUUACACUCAAUCUUUGCGCUCUGUUGAGAUAUAAGGUGGA